GCCAGCUUUUGGCUGAGAAAUUGGCAACUAUAAGCCUAGCUCGAUUCAGUAACGCAAUUCCCAAGCCCGAGGUUAGAAGUCGAGCCACCUGGAGAAACCCGCAACUGGUAAAAAUGCUAUCAAGAUCCGUGCUGAUCGUAGUUAGCCUACUGAUGCUGAGCUGGCAGUGGACGAUGGCCAUGCCGCCCCUUCCGCAGAACCAAGCCAGCGGAGUGUCCAUCAGUCGGCCGGACAUACCGAAUGAAUCGGAUAUAUUGGUGCAGAGCAUCUUCAACAUCGAUCCAUCACAGUGCCCCAAGGGAUACACUCGCACGGGUCCACAUCACACGUGUCGUAGGAUCGCCUAGGAAGACAAACCCUAAAGUUGGGAUUAAAGUUCAAUACCAGAACGUGCUACGAGCUGUGUUUUUAUUGAUACUUAAAUAAACGAAAUAAACCAUACAAAUAAAUUAUAUAAAUACUGGCAAUUCUCACACACAUGUUUUAGGAAUCUGGCGUAGUUUCAUAAUUAAAUACAGAUUUAUUAAAACCAGA